AAGACAAACCGUGACUUGUGAAUGGUGAACUACUGAACUGGUGAAACUUAAGGGUCGACAAUACUUCUUGAAAAUACGAAUAAAAGAACUAUUUUAUACUGUUUAUUUUUUCCCUUUAAAAUUGAAAUUCUAGUUUUAAAAAUUUCAUAUAAUACAACUAUUUUUUUUUUCGACUAACUAAUUACAUUAACAUGUCAUCGGCAAUCGUAGUUGAUCCUGUAAGGGAGAAGAUUCUACAGGAAAAUCGUAAAAAGCUUAUUGAACAUAAAGAGAUUUCUAGCCGUCUAAAAGGAAUGCGAGAACAAGCAAAAGAACUAACAAAACAAUAUGAUAAAUCUGAAAAUGAUUUAAAAGCUCUUCAAAGUGUUGGUCAAAUUGUAGGUGAAGUACUAAAACAAUUAACUGAAGACAAAUUUAUUGUAAAAGCAACAAAUGGCCCACGCUAUGUAGUUGGAUGUCGACGUCAACUUGAUAAAGCAAAAUUAAAAGCUGGUACUCGAGUGGCAUUAGAUAUGACUACAUUGACUGUUAUGCGUUAUUUGCCCCGUGAAGUAGAUCCAUUGGUGUAUAAAAUGUCUCAUGAAGAUCCUGGUGAAGUUACAUACUCAGCUAUUGGUGGAUUAUCUGAACAAAUCCGUGAAUUACGAGAAGUUAUUGAAUUACCAUUGUUAAAUCCAGAAUUAUUCCAACGUGUUGGAAUAACUCCUCCUAAGGGCUGUUUACUUUAUGGUCCUCCGGGUACUGGAAAAACAUUACUGGCUAGAGCUGUAGCUAGUCAACUAGAUGCCAAUUUCUUAAAAGUUGUGUCUAGUGCAAUUGUUGAUAAAUAUAUUGGUGAGAGUGCUCGUCUCAUUCGAGAAAUGUUCAAUUAUGCUAGAGAUCAUCAACCAUGUAUCAUAUUUAUGGAUGAAAUAGAUGCUAUUGGUGGUCGCCGAUUUUCUGAAGGAACAUCUGCUGAUCGUGAAAUCCAAAGAACUCUUAUGGAACUUUUGAAUCAAAUGGAUGGUUUUGAUUCUUUAGGUCAAGUUAAAAUGAUUAUGGCUACUAAUCGACCAGAUACAUUAGAUCCUGCUUUAUUAAGACCUGGACGUUUAGAUCGUAAAAUUGAAAUUCCAUUACCUAAUGAACAAGCUCGUUUGGAUAUUUUGAAAAUACAUGCAGCUCCUAUUACUAAACAAGGAGAGAUUGAUUAUGAAGCUAUUGUAAAAUUAUCUGAUAAUUUUAAUGGUGCUGAUUUGCGUAAUGUGUGUACAGAGGCUGGUCUUUUUGCUAUACGUGCUGAAAAAGAUUAUGUAACUCAUGAAGAUUUCAUGAAAGCUGUAAGAAAAGUAUCAGAUAAUAAGAAUUUGGAAUCUAAAUUAGAUUAUAAGCCAAUAUAAAUAUUUGUAUUAGUAAGAAAAAAUAUUAUCAAUAAUCUACUGGUAAGAGAUGUAUUUAAAGUAU